AUGAGUAUCAACUUUCCAAAGGAGGAGGAGAAUGUUCUUCAGCGGUGGAAAGAGAUCGACGCCUUCCAGCGACAGGUGGAGCUCUCGAAGAACCGGCCUGUCUAUACUUUCUACGAUGGACCGCCAUUUGCUACCGGAUUGCCACACUAUGGUCAUCUUUUGGCUUCCACGAUAAAAGAUAUCAUCCCUCGGUACUGGUCGAUGAAAGGUUACCAUGUGGAGAGACGGUUUGGCUGGGAUACACACGGUCUUCCGAUCGAGCACGAGAUUGACAAGAAGCUUGGAAUUACGGGCAAGGCUGCAGUUAUGGAGCUAGGAUUAGAGAAGUACAACGCAGAAUGCAGAGCUAUUGUCAUGAGAUAUUCUGCAGAAUGGAGAACCACUAUUGACAGACUGGGCCGCUGGAUUGAUUUCGACAAUGACUACAAGACUAUGGACCCUAAAUUCAUGGAGUCCGAAUGGUGGGUAUUCAAGACUAUUUUCGACAAAGGGGCUGUAUACCAAGGUUACCGAGUCAUGCCAUACUCGACAGCUCUCACGACCGCACUCUCCAAUUUCGAGGCAAACCAAAACUACCAAGAUAUCACUGACCCUGCAGUUGUGGUUUCAUUUCCACUGAUAGAGGACCCAAACACCUGCCUCCUCGCAUGGACUACGACGCCAUGGACGUUACCCUCUCAUACUGGCCUGGCUGCACACCCUGACUUCGAGUAUCUCAAGAUCCACGAUGAACUCACCGGAAAGAACUUCAUUCUGUUGGAGAAGCUCCUUGGUACUCUCUACAAGGAUGUUAAGAAGGCCAAGUUCAAGAUCAUCAAGAAACUCAAGGGAAGUGAGAUGUUGGGCUGGAAAUACGAGCCGCUAUUUGAUUAUUUCUACGAGGAAUUCAAAGAAUAUGGGUUUCGGGUUUUCAAUGCCACAUACGUAACGGAUGAUAGCGGUGUUGGUAUUGUUCAUCAAGCUCCUGCUUUCGGUGAGGAAGACUACAAUGUCGCCAUGGAGAAUGGUGUCAUCAGCGAGAAGCGGCCACCCCCAAAUCCGGUCGAUGAGAGAGGUCAUUUCACUCCGGUAGUCCGCGAUUUCGCAAAUCAGCAUGUCAAAACCGCAGAUAGGGCCAUUAUCAAAUAUCUCAAGGGCACCGGAAGACUUAUUGUUGAUUCGCAGAUUCGACAUAGCUACCCAAUGUGCCCUCGAUCAGAUACACCUUUGAUCUACAGAGCCGUUCCAUCUUGGUUCAUUAGGAUUCCCGAGGUUGUACCCCAGAUGCUGAAGAACAUUGAGGGUUCUCACUGGGUGCCAUCCUUUGUCAAGGAAAAGCGAUUUGCCAACUGGAUCGGCGGAGCCCGGGACUGGAACGUGUCUCGUAAUAGAUAUUGGGGGACACCAAUCCCUCUUUGGGUCAGCGAUGAUCUGGAGGAGAAAGUUUGCAUCGGCAGCGUUGCUGAGCUGAAGGAGCUCAGUGGCUACAAAGGCGAGAUCACGGAUCUUCAUCGUGACAAUAUUGAUCACAUCACCAUCCCUAGCAAGAUGGGCAAGGGCCAAUUGAAGCGCAUUGAGGAGGUUUUCGAUUGCUGGUUCGAGUCGGGAAGCAUGCCAUAUGCCAGCCAGCAUUACCCAUUCGAGAACAAGGAGAAGUUUGAGAAGUCGUUUCCGGGCGACUUCAUCGCAGAAGGUCUCGAUCAAACAAGAGGCUGGUUCUAUACGCUCUUGGUCCUUGGCACGCACUUGUUUGGUGUUUCCCCUUUUAAGAAUUGCGUUGUCAACGGUAUCGUGCUAGCCGAAGACGGAAAGAAGAUGUCGAAGCGUUUAAAAAACUACCCUGAUCCAUCAAUUGUCAUGAGCAAGUAUGGCUCUGAUGCCCUGCGCCUGUAUCUAAUCAACUCUCCAGUCGUCCGAGCCGAGCCAUUGCGCUUCAAAGAAGCUGGCGUGAAAGAAGUAGUCGCCAAGGUCUUGUUGCCGUUGUGGAACAGCUACAAGUUCUUCGAAGGACAAGUUGCACUCUUGAAGAAGAUCGAAAAGAUUGACUACUGCUUCGAUCCCAGAGCGGAGGCUACCAAUACAAAUGUCAUGGAUCGAUGGAUUCUGGCAAGCUGUCAAAGUCUUCUCAAAUUUGUGAACGAGGAGAUGGCAGGUUAUCGUCUUUACACUGUCGUUCCCCGACUUCUAGAUCUGAUUGACAACACAACAAAUUGGUAUAUUCGAUUCAACCGUAAGCGUCUCAAGGGCGAGCUCGGCGUCGACGACACCCAGCACGCACUGAACACCCUCUUUGAAGUUCUCUUUACCCUCGUGAAGGGACUCGCUCCAUUCACACCCUUCAUCACAGACACCAUCUACCAGCGUCUACUACCACACAUUCCCAAUAGCCUUCAAGGAGAAGAUUCUCGCAGUGUCCAUUUUCUAUCGUUCCCUGAUGUUAGAGAGGAGCUUUUUGAUGUGGAAAUUGAGCGUCGUGUCGGGCGAAUGCAACGUGUCAUUGAACUAGCACGAGUCUCAAGAGAACGCCGAACAAUUGGUCUCAAGACUCCACUCAAGAGCCUGAUUGUCAUACAUCCUGACGCCGAGUACCUGGAGGAUGUUCGAUCCCUUGAGGGUUACAUUACCGAAGAGCUCAACAUCCAGGAACUAGUCCUCUCGUCGGACGAGGCAAGGUACAAUGUUCAAUACAGCGUGUCCGCGGACUGGCCAGUUCUGGGAAAGAAACUGAAGAAGGAUGUUCAGAAAGUGAAGAAAGCUUUGCCAGGAUUGACAAGCGACCAAGUGCAUCAGUUCGUGCUCGACAAGACUAUUAUCGUGGAUGGCAUCACACUUGAAGACGGAGAUCUCGUUGUCAAGAGAGGCCUGAAAGACGACGAGUCAUCGAAAAAAUUGGAGACGAACACCGACGACGAGGUACUCACUAUUCUGGAUGCGGAGAUCUACCCAGAACUUGCAGACCAGGCAUUAGCAAGGGAGAUUAUCAAUCGCGUCCAGCGUCUCAGGAAAAAGGCCGGCCUUCAACCUACCGACGACGUCAAGAUGGAAUAUAAGGUGCUGUCUGAUCCCGACAAUAUCGGUCUUGCAAACGCCUUCACCACUCAAGCCAGUACCAUCGAGAAGGCCUUGCGACGGCCCAUCGAUCAUCACGUUGUAACAGAAAUUGAAGGCAUGAUACCCGAGACACCAGAGGCAGGCGUCAUUAUGGAGGAGGAGCAGGAGAUUACGAAAGCCGUGUUUCUACUUCGACUCCUGAAGCUAUGA